GAGGGCAUCAUGAAGGAGACGAUGGAAGAACACCCCAAAACGCAUCAAUCUGGUUGUUUUGAAACCCUCACACCAUGGGUCCAAAAUCCCUCAGGGGCCGGUCGGCUGCUGAGAUAUGGAGCUGUGGUUCUCAUCGUCGGCGCCGUGUUGAUGAUCUGUGCCUCCAUGGCCGCUCUCCUCCUGAGGAAAGAAAGCGAGCGGAAUGUGUACAGUGUUCAUUACAGCAUGAACAUCAACGGGGAGGCCAGGGAGGGCUCUGUGGAAAUUGAUUCCGACGACAACGUGGAGAGGUUCAAAACCAGGAGCGGAGACGAGGAGGCCGUGGAGAUCCGUGACUUCCAAAGUGGAAUAACUGCAAUCCGAUUCUUCGGGGGAGACAAGUGUUAUAUAAAAUCCCAAAUCAAAGGCAACCUUCCGCGAAUGGGAGCUCACAACAAAGAGUCACUGAUGUCUGACCUGGCUGACGAAGACAUGCCAGUGAGGUUUGAUGACGAGUUCCUCAUAUGGGUAUCUUCAGAGCAGCCACUGAAGGACACCGCUUUCUUGAGCCGCAAGAUUCUGGCUCUGUGCGAGGAGCUUCCUAUUUACUGGCUCCAACCUCUCAUUCCCAAAGAUGGGGAGAGGAGGAAGAGGAGGAGGAGGAGGAACGCUCAGCGGGCCAAGCGGCAGUCCCACGUGGAGGUGUUGGAGGUGGCGGGAAAGGAGGGCUUCUCCAGGUUAGAGGACGGAAGGGAGGAGGGGCCUCAGUCCGACGUGGGCUCGGGAUUCAACCCCGAGAAUCCCUAUCAUCGCAGCGGAGACGCCGGCGAGGGAAACGCUGUGACCUUUGACUCCAUGCUGGACCACCAGGGGAUCUGCUGCUCUGAAUGCCAGCGCGGCUACACGCACUGUCAGAGAAUAUGCGAGCCUCUGCGCGGACACUGGCCCUGGCCGUACAACUACAGAGGAUGCCAGGUCGCUUGCAGAGUCAUUAUGCCUUGCCGUUGGUGGGUAGCGCGCAUUUUAGGUAUCGUGUAG